GCGUGCCGACAACACGACGCCUGUUCACGGCAAGUUCGGCGGGCGCGAGACGGCAGCGCCUGGCGUCCUGGCGACCACCGCGGGCGCGCCCACCUUCCUCGGCCUCGGCGGCCACCCGCAGCACCCGCUGGUGGCCCAUGGUGGUCCGGCGGGCGCGUGCUGCGCCGUCACCACCUCGCACAACAUAGGGCGUGUGCAGCCGCCGGCAGCGCACCAGGCCGGCGCCGCCGCCAUGAUCAUGUCGUGCGCGGGCUGCGACAAGCCCAUCCUGGACAAGUUCCUGCUGAACGUGCUGGAGCGCACGUGGCACGCGGAGUGCGUGCGCUGCUACGACUGCCACGGCAACCUCACGGACAAGUGCUUCAGCCGCGAGGGCAAGCUGUUCUGCAGGAACGACUUCUUCAGGCGGUACGGCACCAAGUGCGGCGGCUGUGCGCAGGGCAUCUCGCCCAGCGACCUGGUGCGCAAGGCGCGCGACAAGGUGUUCCACCUGAACUGCUUCACGUGCAUGGUGUGCCGCAAGCAGCUGUCUACAGGCGAGGAACUCUACGUGCUCGACGACAACAAGUUCAUCUGCAAGGAAGACUACAUCUCGGGGAAGACACACCAAGACUCGCUGCUGGGCUCGGGCACGGAGGACGAGGACGACGAGGAGAACAGCACGGCGGCGGCGGCCCCCGGGGGCGGCCCGGGCCUCAAGCACCACCCCCAGGGCGCGCUGUGCGGCGGCGCCGAGGCCAACAACAACUCGCUCACGCCGGGCGACAUGCCGCCGCUCGUCGCGGGCCCCGGCUCGCUCACCAACGACAGCAAGACUGGCCAGGACGACUCGGAGGACCAGGGCUCGCUGGACGGCGACCCGGAGACGCGGGACUCGCAGACGGAGAACAAGUCGCCCGACGACGGCAACUCGGGCUCCAAGCGCCGCGGGCCGCGCACCACCAUCAAGGCCAAGCAGCUGGAGAUCCUGAAGACUGCCUUCUCGCAGACGCCCAAGCCCACCCGCCACAUCCGCGAGCAGCUGGCCAAGGAGACGGGCCUGCCCAUGAGGGUCAUUCAGGUGUGGUUCCAGAACAAGCGCAGCAAAGAGCGCCGCUUGAAGCAGCUCACUUCCAUGGGGCGAGGCCCGUUCUUCGGCAGCUCGCGCAAGAUGCGAGGCUUCCCCAUGAACCUGAGUCCCGGCGGGCUGGACGAGCCGCCGCCGGGGUUCCCCUACUUCGCCACCGCCGACGGCAAGUUCGAGUUCGGCUACGGCGGGCCAGCGGCCUUCCACCACGAGUUCUUCUCCGGCCACCACCCGCACCAGGGCCCGCCCGGCCAGCCCUUGCCUUUCUCCAGCGCAGGCGGCCCCAUGGACCCGGGUGCAGGCCUCCACAUGGCCGGCGAGUUCGGGGGCCUCGCCCCAGAGGCGCCCCCUGGCUUCCUGGCCCAGCCGCCCAUCAUGUGUGUCGGUGCAGGCGGCCCCAUGGACCCGGGUGCAGGCCUCCACAUGGCCGGCGAGUUCGGGGGCCUCGCCCCAGAGGCGCCCCCUGGCUUCCUGGCCCAGCCGCCCAUCAUGUGUGUCGGUGCAGGCGGCCCCAUGGACCCGGGUGCAGGCCUCCACAUGGCCGGCGAGUUCGGGGGCCUCGCCCCAGAGGCGCCCCCUGGCUUCCUGGCCCAGCCGCCCAUCAUGUGUGUCGGUGCAGGCGGCCCCAUGGACCCGGGUGCAGGCCUCCACAUGGCCGGCGAGUUCGGGGGCCUCGCCCCAGAGGCGCCCCCUGGCUUCCUGGCCCAGCCGCCCAUCAUGUGUGUCGGUGCAGGCGGCCCCAUGGACCCGGGUGCCGGUCUCCACAUGGCCGGCGAGUUCGGGGGCCUCGCCCCAGAGGCGCCCCCUGGCUUCCUGGCCCAGCCGCCCAUCAUGUGUGUCGGUGCAGGCGGCCCCAUGGACCCGGGUGCAGGCCUCCACAUGGCCGGCGAGUUCGGGGGCCUCGCCCCAGAGGCGCCCCCUGGCUUCCUGGCCCAGCCGCCCAUCAUGUGUGUCGGUGCAGGCGGCCCCAUGGACCCGGGUGCAGGCCUCCACAUGGCCGGCGAGUUCGGGGGCCUCAUCCCAGAGGCGCCCCCUGGCUUCCUGGCCCAGCCGCCCAUCAUCGGCCCCAUGGACCCGGGUGCAGGCCUCCACAUGGCCGGCGAGUUCGGGGGCCUCGCCCCAGAGGCGCCCCCUGGCUUCCUGGCCCAGCCGCCCAUCAUGUGUGUCGGUGCAGGCGGCCCCAUGGACCCGGGUGCAGGCCUCCACAUGGCCGGCGAGUUCGGGGGCCUCGCCCCAGAGGCGCCCCCUGGCUUCCUGGCCCAGCCGCCGCCCAUCAUGUGUGUCGGUGCAGGCGGCCCCAUGGACCCGGGUGCAGGCCUCCACAUGGCCGGCGAGUUCGGGGGCCUCGCCCCAGAGGCGCCCCCUGGCUUCCUGGCCCAGCCGCCGCCCAUCAUCGGCCCCAUGGACCCGGGUGCCGGUCUCCACAUGGCCGGCGAGUUCGGGGGCCUCGCCCCAGAGGCGCCCCCUGGCUUCCUGGCCCAGCCGCCCAUCAUGUGUGUCGGAGCAGGCGGCCCCAUGGACCCGGGUGCAGGCCUCCACAUGGCCGGCGAGUUCGGGGGCCUCGCCCCAGAGGCGCCCCCUGGCUUCCUGGCCCAGCCGCCCAUCAUGUGUGUCGGUGCAGGCGGCCCCAUGGACCCGGGUGCAGGCCUCCACAUGGCCGGCGAGUUCGGGGGCCUCGCCCCAGAGGCGCCCCCUGGCUUCCUGGCCCAGCCGCCCAUCAUGUGUGUCGGUGCAGGCGGCCCCAUGGACCCGGGUGCAGGCCUCCACAUGGCCGGCGAGUUCGGGGGCCUCGCCCCAGAGGCGCCCCCUGGCUUCCUGGCCCAGCCACCCAUCAUGUGUGUCGGUGCAGGCGGCCCCAUGGACCCGGGUGCAGGCCUCCACAUGGCCGGCGAGUUCGGGGGCCUCGCCCCAGAGGCGCCCCCUGGCUUCCUGGCCCAGCCGCCGCCCACCAUGUGUGUCGGUGCAGGCGGCCCCAUGGACCCGGGUGCAGGCCUCCACAUGGCCGGCGAGUUCGGGGGCCUCGCCCCAGAGGCGCCCUUUGGCUUCCUGGCCCAGCCGCCGCCCACCAUGUGUGUCGGUGCAGGCGGCCCCAUGGACCCGGGUGCAGGCCUCCACAUGGCCGGCGAGUUCGGGGGCCUCGCCCCAGAGGCGCCCCCUGGCAUCCUGGCCCAGCCGCCCAUCAUGUGUGUCGGUGCAGGCGGCCCCAUGAACCCGGGUGCAGGCCUCCACAUGGCCGGCGAGUUCGGGGGCCUCGCCCCAGAGGCGCCCCCUGGCAUCCUGGCCCAGCCGCCCAUCAUGUGUGUCGGUGCAGGCGGCCCCAUGGACCCGGGUGCAGGCCUCCACAUGGCCGGCGAGUUCGGGGGCCUCGCCCCAGAGGCGCCCCCUGGCUUCCUGGCCCAGCCGCCGCCCAUCAUCGGCCCCAUGGACCCGGGUGCAGGCCUCCACAUGGCCGGCGAGUUCGGGGGCCUCGCCCCAGAGGCGCCCCCUGGCUUCCUGGCCCAGCCGCCCAUCAUGUGUGUCGGUGCAGGCGGCCCCAUGGACCCGGGUGCAGGCCUCCACAUGGCCGGCGAGUUCGGGGGCCUCGCCCCAGAGGCGCCCCCUGGCUUCCUGGCCCAGCCGCCGCCCAUCAUGUGUGUCGGUGCAGGCGGCCCCAUGGACCCGGGUGCAGGCCUCCACAUGGCCGGCGAGUUCGGGGGCCUCGCCCCAGAGGCGCCCCCUGGCUUCCUGGCCCAGCCGCCGCCCAUCAUGUGUGUCGGUGCAGGCGGCCCCAUGGACCCGGGUGCAGGCCUCCACAUGGCCGGCGAGUUCGGGGGCCUCGCCCCAGAGGCGCCCCCUGGCUUCCUGGCCCAGCCACCCAUCAUGUGUGUCGGUGCAGGCGGCCCCAUGGACCCGGGUGCAGGCCUCCACAUGGCCGGCGAGUUCGGGGGCCUCGCCCCAGAGGCGCCCCCUGGCUUCCUGGCCCAGCCGCCGCCCACCAUGUGUGUCGGUGCAGGCGGCCCCAUGGACCCGGGUGCAGGCCUCCACAUGGCCGGCGAGUUCGGGGGCCUCGCCCCAGAGGCGCCCUUUGGCUUCCUGGCCCAGCCGCCGCCCACCAUGUGUGUCGGUGCAGGCGGCCCCAUGGACCCGGGUGCAGGCCUCCACAUGGCCGGCGAGUUCGGGGGCCUCGCCCCAGAGGCGCCCCCUGGCAUCCUGGCCCAGCCGCCCAUCAUGUGUGUCGGUGCAGGCGGCCCCAUGAACCCGGGUGCAGGCCUCCACAUGGCCGGCGAGUUCGGGGGCCUCGCCCCAGAGGCGCCCCCUGGCAUCCUGGCCCAGCCGCCCAUCAUGUGUGUCGGUGCAGGCGGCCCCAUGGACCCGGGUGCAGGCCUCCACAUGGCCGGCGAGUUCGGGGGCCUCGCCCCAGAGGCGCCCCCUGGCUUCCUGGCCCAGCCGCCGCCCAUCAUGUGUGUCGGUGCAGGCGGCCCCAUGGACCCGGGUGCCGGUCUCCACAUGGCCGGCGAGUUCGGGGGCCUCGCCCCAGAGGCGCCCCCUGGCUUCCUGGCCCAGCCGCCCAUCAUGUGUGUCGGUGCAGGCGGCCCCAUGGACCCGGGUGCAGGCCUCCACAUGGCCGGCGAGUUCGGGGGCCUCGCCCCAGAGGCGCCCCCUGGCUUCCUGGCCCAGCCGCCGCCCACCAUGUGUGUCGGUGCAGGCGGCCCCAUGGACCCGGGUGCAGGCCUCCACAUGGCCGGCGAGUUCGGGGGCCUCGCCCCAGAGGCGCCCCCUGGCUUCCUGGCCCAGCCGCCCAUCAUGUGUGUCGGUGCAGGCGGCCCCAUGGACCCGGGUGCAGGCCUCCACAUGGCCGGCGAGUUCGGGGGCCUCGCCCCAGAGGCGCCCCCUGGCUUCCUGGCCCAGCCGCCCAUCAUGUGUGUCGGUGCAGGCGGCCCCAUGGACCCGGGUGCAGGCCUCCACAUGGCCGGCGAGUUCGGGGGCCUCGCCCCAGAGGCGAUCCCUGGCUUCCUGGCCCAGCCGCCCAUCAUGUGUGUCGGUGCAGGCGGCCCCAUGGACCCGGGUGCAGGCCUCCACAUGGCCGGCGAGUUCGGGGGCCUCGCCCCAGAGGCGCCCCCUGGCUUCCUGGCCCAGCCGCCCAUCAUGUGUGUCGGUGCAGGCGGCCCCAUGGACCCGGGUGCAGGCCUCCACAUGGCCGGCGAGUUCGGGGGCCUCGCCCCAGAGGCGCCCCCUGGCUUCCUGGCCCAGCCGCCGCCCAACGAUCAACUCAUCUCCCAGCGAGCGAGUCCCGAGUUCAUCACCUCGCAAGGUGGUUUCUCGGAGCCGCAGACGCUACAGAACGAAGGAUUGGUGUGGUGAUAAUCAUUUGCGGCAUACCUGCCAGCAUUCAGUGAAUCUUCACAUUAAGAACUUCAUAUUUUAGCAAACAUAAAAUCAGCUAUAAUUCCUGUUGCCAUUUUGAAACAGUGUGUAAAAGAUGAUACAGUAUAAUAUGAUUUACAUAAAAAUCAAGACUAGAAUAUCUUAAGAGAGUUCGUUGCCUUUGAUGUGCCAUUCUUCUGUUCGAAAAAUAAAAUUAAUUUAAAAUUAUUUCAGAGUAAGUUUCGAAAAUUUAAUAAUUUAAAAUAAAACUGUUUCGAGUGAAUUGUUUACAUUGUAUUUUGGUUUAACCUACAAGUGAACUCCCACACAAUCUGUGACAUAUCUUUAAAAAAAAUGUUGAACACUACUUCCGAAGUGCUAGAGUAUAAGUUUAGACAUCUAAAAAUAUUUAUAUGAAAUUUGUCGAAUAACUUUUAUGUAUCAAGUGAGUUUUUUUGAAAACAAUUUAAUUAAAAUGUGUUUAAUUCUUGCUUAGUGAUCUUAACUAUAACAUAAAUAAAGAUUAAGACCGAUUAAUUAUUGAAGAAUGUGUUAAAAAGGAUAACAUUGUAGGUUAAUGUUUAUAAUUAUGCUUAGAAUGACAUUAAUAGGUACAGCUAUACAUGUCAUUGCGAAGUGUUGUUAUUGUAUUUUUGUAUAAGAAAUAUAAGAAAAAGUUUGUUCAGUGCUCUUAAUUAAGGGUAAGUGGUUCCAUAUGUCUUUUAUAUUGUGUUUGUAUUUUCAAGAUUCCUUUAUAGGUUGCAGUUUAAUGAACCCUUUUGUUGUGAGAUAACCGAUAUUCACCGACUAAAAGCACACAAAUGAAUUAAUAUCUGUAUAAAGUUUUGUGUAACUUCUGAGUGAUUCAUGUGUCAAUUUUUACAGAUGCGUGCCAUUAUUUGUUAAGUUAAUUUAAUUAAAGGUUAUGUUUAAUCUAAAUUUAUUUCAAUUUACGAAAUUAGAACAUCCCAAAAAAUGUUAGCAAGUAUAAUUAAGAUUUAACAAGUUAUUAUUUUUGAAUAUUUUAUCACAAAGAAAACACAAGUUAACUGUUCUAGAAGAAAUAAACGAUAUCUUGACCAACAUCACAAAAAAA